GCAUAGGAAGAUUCUAACACAUGAGCACUUCAUAAAAAAUAAUAUGACUUCGAAUUCAACAAAUAACUAAUGGUUUCACUACCCUUCCGAUGAUCAAAUUGGACACUCAAACAUAUAGUGGAAAAUGCUGAGAAUCUCUAAUAUGAUGGGUGAUGGAGCAAUCAUUCAUCCAUUCUAUUUAAUCGAAUAACAAUUCAUAAGUCAGUCCAGAGAACCAAUCCCUAAAAACCCCAAAUCUUUUUCUAAAAAAGCAUUUUUAUCUCAUCACUUAUGUACCAUUAUCAUUCGAGAACACAUAUCAAAAGUCGGAAUGGAACUAGUUACACAAACUUUCUAUUGAGAAAUUAUAUAUCAUUAUCAACCAUCAUCCAUCCUAUGGACUAGACCACUAGCUACUACUAUCAUGUUAAUUAUGAUUAUCUUCCAAAUCAAACGAAGUGCUCUCGUCAAAACCUCACCAAUUUCUCCAUAAAAGUAUACUUCAAAAGGUGAAUAAAACCAUUAUUUCGCUUUGCAUGGUGACAAUACGCAAAGGGACACGAGAGGUACAAAUCAAACCAACCACUUCCUCUCCUCUCCCUUCUUUCUUGUGCUCCUUAUUGCAUUACAAAUUAUUAGUUUUAGACUUUUAGUUUAGUUCUUCUAUGCAAAGUAUUGAUAUUAAUUUAGUAAUAAGUGGGUGUGGGUGCCGGUUGGGUUAAUCGAAAUCAUAAAAAAAAAAAACUGAACUAUGAUGUUUACCCAAAACCAAAAUCGAAAGCUUAUUGGUUAACCAAAAUUCGAUAAGACCUUAUCGGAUUCGGUUAAAACAAACAGUGAAUUUAAACCCCUACAUCCUCAAUUAAAACCAAAACCCUCUGCACUCCUCAACUGCUAAUUGUGGUUUCAAUUUCUUGUAUGUUUUUCGGUUUAACUUAGAACCGCUGAUAUACAAACUGGGUUGGAAAACGAAAACUCAUAACCGCUAUCCCAGCCCUAGGUGUCACCAAUGGAACUCUGGAGAUAUAAUAUUUUAUGUUCAACAUUGUCUCGUGAAAAAUAUAACCUACAAGAGUUGUCAAUUAAGCAGUAUAGCUUGAUUCGCCCUAUUAUCGUGAUUAAGUUGACAAUCAUGAUGACUAGACAUUCAUUAUAGUUGUGAAUCACUCAGUUUAAAAACUAAUAAGUGGAUUAGGCUAAUGAAAUUUUGGACAUGUAGGGUUUGAGUUAAAUACUAUUAUGUUGUUCAUCGGCGAGAAUACAAACUAUGAGAGAUAUAUUAAUAAGACAAUAUCUAUUGAUUCAUUUAUUAUCAUGAUUGCGCUAACGAUUAUAGUGAUCAGUUGAUUAUCUUCGAUUGUGGAUCACUCGAUUGUUAUGGAAGAGAAUUACUAUGACCCGUAUUUUUGUUUAGUCAACCGAAAUUAUGGUUAUAGAUGGCAAAAGGGUAUUUUGGCUUUCUCCAAUAGCUAGUUGACCGAUUGAUUAACGUUAUUUAUGGUUUUAUUUCUAUCCAACUUGGAUUAGGAAAUUAUGAAGGAAACAAAUAAGGAGCUCAAGCAUCCAAUCAGUAUCAUAAAUUCAUAAUGAUAUUAUGCACGUGGCUUAACUGGCUUCCAUGUCUCCCAUUAGUACAUGUUUAUGAUUUUUUUUUUUUUGUAAUUUCCAUUUACCCAUUAAUCCAUUAACUAAUGAAGUUUAAGGGGGCAAGUAGCAAAUAACGUAACAGGAUUAAGGCUUCCAAAUUGUCUUGAUGACUGCUCUUGACUAAGGUUUUGAUUGCUUUUUUUUUCGUUGAAUACUUUCACCCUUGGCCAUCCAUUGAAUUAAUCCCAUUUACUCCCACAAAUUAAUUUAAAGCUUCCUUGAUUAUGAAGCAAUGGCCAAUAGUCCAACCAAGAAGAUACCAACUAUGUAACUAAAAGAUGUUAGAUGUCCAUAACCAUCUAAAUUUAGGAAGAAUUUCACGUAAAUUAGGACCAAAGUUUCAAAAUGAGACAUUUUGUUCAAAUGUCUCGUAUGUGAAGAAAAAUUAAAACAAGACAUUCGGCUCAUAAGAUAAAUUAAAUGUAUCAACUGAGAGAACUCGAAAUAUCUCUCAUCCUUUUAUUUAUUUUAAAAUUUCUUUUUAUUUUGUUUCCUUACUUCCAAAACUAUCCGAAUGUUUUAGUUGAAAUCCAAAAUCACCCCUGAACUCUUUGAAUUGUCAAUUACUGAACUUUUUUUUCCUUCACAACACACUUUUAGGGGUCGUUUGGAAGUUGCGAUUGUUAAAUAGAUGUAUUGUUGAGAAUGCAUGUAUAAUAUUAUACAUGUAUUGCCGAAUUUGAUGCAUUGUAGAAUACAACGUUUGGUAUGUGUGAUUGUGUAUGUCGCAUCAGCUAAAAGCUGAGACAAAACAAUCUCAACUCAACUAUCUCAACAAUCACAACUAAAAGUUGAGAUAUAACAAUCACUCAAAAUGAGUGAUAGUUUCUGUCACAUCACAUAAACAAUCCAUGUAUUGUUUCUGCUAAAAAAACAAAAAAACAAUGCAUUAUAAACAAUGCAUGCAUAAUGACAAUCUCAACAAAACUAUCGCAACUUCCAAACGGUCUCUUUUAUGCAUGGAACCAAUAAAAGAUCUUAAAAAAAACACAAAUGAUAUACCAUAUCAUGAGAAGCAUUUUGCCUUUGGCUUUUUUGCUUUAUGUUUCAUGCAGACCACCCUUUCGCUUUCAAAAUUUCAAUUUGAGAUAUAAAGAAAUCCUCCUGAAUUGCCAGAACAAAACUUUAUUAGGCAGCCAGCACACAAGUGCCCUUUCCAAUUAUCUCUGGUCUAUCAUUGAAAAAGUCAAUAUCCUCGAUUAAUAUAUGGUAGAGUUUUGUGUAUUUUUCUCCAUUUCAAAUUUUCUGCAACGAGAGUGAAAGUAGGAAGGUCAUUUUUGUCUUUACACACUUAUUAUUUAGUUCAUAUAAAAAUAGCAAUAUCACGAUUUGAACCCGGGUCUCUUCAAACAAAGAUAACAAUAACAACCAGUUACACUAAACAAAUUUAUUGCAUCCUUUUUUAUACAAAAUAUAGACAAAGUUAAUCUCUGAAAAUCAUAGGACUUUUUAAUCAUAAUUAGCAAGCUCACUAAGUCUACCGUAUGUAUUUUUAUCGAGUUUGAUACUUCUAUUUUCAUAGUAGAGAUUUCUCAAUUUUAAAUUCCCGCUCUCUCCUUAAUUUUUGCUAAAGGUAAAUGGGUAAUUGGCUAACAUGGAAGAAACUAAUUAUGGAACUACGUGUUGUAUCCUUGCAUUUUUCAAUUUAAAUUUAAUUUUUUUGUUUUUUUAUCUUUGUUCUUUUCUCUUUCUAACUUCCUCCGAAAUUUCAUCCAUCGUGCAAUAGUUUGCGCCUUUCACUUCCCAGUACAAGACUGUCAUUGAAAAUCAAUCUUCAGAUAUCUCUUGGCACUACGGUUUUAUUGUUGGGAUUUUAAGCUGGGCGAGUAGAAGAUUUCAACUCCGAUAUCAAUUCAUGGCGAAUAGAAUGGAGUUCAUCAAUAACUGAAGUUGUAGAAGGAGGAUUAGAAAUUGAAUUUUUGGUUGAAUAUAUGCCUCUUGAGAUAGAAAUUUGGUUGUACAACGGAGAGUGGUGGCUAUUGGAUCUUUAGGUUUAUGGUUUUUGCAACUGUCACAACCUAUUUCUAUCUUAAAACGAGGAAUCAUUGAUUGAUUGUUUGAAAUAGGUCGCUUCUUUAUUCAACCUACUGGAACUAAUAUAUAAGGAGUGUCUAAUUUUGCGCCUUAUUACUUUGAUCGAGUCUAUUCGCAUAUUGGAGAUAACCCUGAUUUUUUUCGUUUGCUCUCAAGUUGUGAUGGUCCCCUCUUAGCUGAGUUUUUAGUAUAUAGAUGACUUGAAUCAACAACUCUCCAUUUUUUUUUGAUUAGUGACAUAUUGUUUCUUAAAGGAGAGCAUUGAACCCUUUAUAUAGGAUUGUGAGGUUUAAGAUUUAGUUUCAAACUAUCUAUGGGGUGUGUGAGAAUUUCAGUGAGCUUUUAUACUCUAUAUUUCUUGACUGUAAAAAAAACUAACCAAUAGCAUUUUAACAGGGACUUAAUUAGCAUUAUGAAAAUGGGGUCAAUGAUACAUUUUUAACACCCCACCCCAUUACCCUCUCUCUCUCCCUCUCUCUUUCUCGCUCUCUCUGGGAGACGACUGUGGCUAGAAAAGGUGGGAUGAAUAAAAAGUCUAGAUCUGAUUUUUCCGUAUUGGUAGUGAUUUUUCCGUAGUGGUAGUAUUGUUUUCGCAUUGGUAGUGAUUUUUUCGCAGUGGUAGUGUUUUUUCGCAUUGGUAUUGUUUUUUUCCGCACUGGUAGUGAUUUUUUCAUAAUGGUAGUGUUUUUUCGCAGUGGUAGUAUUUUUUCCGCAUUGGAAUUGAUUAUCAUGUAAAUGUAUUGCUUUUCAGUGAAAUGAUAGUUUUUUUGUAGUGGUAGUGUUUUUCACAUUGGUAUUAUUAUUAUUUUUUUGUUGCAUUUGUAUUGAUUUGUAUGCAUUGAUAUUGAUAAACCUGCAAUGAUAUUAGUGUUUUGUGAAAUGAUAGUGUUUUUAUUUCUCGAAUGGUAUUAGUGUUUUAUGCAUUAGUAGUGUUCUUUUAAUGGAUUGAUAUUGUUUUAUUUUUGUAGCGGUAUUAGUUCGGCUGAACGAAAACAAGGAAAAGAUUGAAAAAAAGGAAGACAUAUCUGACUGGAGAUUGUGGAAGUGAGGGAAAGAGAGAGAAUUGUAAUUAAUAUAUUUUUGUAACUUCCUAAAAUGAAAUUUGUUAAAAAAAUAAUUAAUAAUUUUUUUGUCAUACCCAAUUUGCCUUUAGUAACCACAGUAAUUACUAUAAGAAAAAAAUAAUUAAUAAUUUUUUUGUCAUACCCAAUUUGCCCUUAGUAAUCACCAUAACCUGUCCUCGUAUCCUAAUAACAUCCUUAGACUAAUUAACCAUUCUUGUCACUUUAGGAAAAAACACACAGAAGAAACUACCAUUAACUUCUUACCGCCGGUUGCUCAUCCUUUUUCUUUAAUGGCGAUCUUCUUCAUUACUUGAACAAUUGGGAGGGAAAUCUGAAAAGAAUAGGGACGAGGAAAAGAACACAGUAACAGCACAAGCAUUUGGUGCUUUGCCAAAAGUCAAUGUCCGUUCCUCCCCCUGUUUCUGUUUAAACUAAAGGGAGCUGAUCGUGGUGGAAGAAUAUGAGAGAGAGAGAGAUAAGUAGAGAGAGAAAGAGAGAGUCAAUUGACAGAGAGAGGGAGAGAGAGAGACAGGAAGUUUGGGGAUAUCAAUGCUGGGAUGUUUUUGUUUUUGGAUUUUACUGGCAAUUUAGAAGAGAAGAAGAAGCUGCAAUAAAUGAGAUCUCUUUGAUAAGUGGGUGAAAAGGGGGGUUUUCUCUUUAAUUCGCUGUAAGAGAGAGAGAGACAAAGAGUGAGAAGUUUUCAUCAAGCUGCGUGGAUAUGGUGGUCUAGUGUCGUAAAAAUCGAGUCUUUGCUCACCUCUUCUUCUGGGUUUGGCUUCUGAUGCACCAAAAACAAAAGCUUCUCUGUCCAAUCUAUAGCUGAAACCCUCUGUCCCUUUUCCUUUCCCCAGGAAACCAUUUUGAGACUCGGUGUCACUGUGUUGCGGUUGCGGAGCUGCUUGGCUAGGUUUAGGGAUCUGGGUUCUAGGGUUUGACUCUCCCUUCUUCUUCUUCUUCUUCUUCUUCUUCUUCUUCUUCUUCUUCUUCACCCCUUUUCUCUUCAUGAAUUCGUUUUCUGUAAUUGGGACUCGUUUUUAAGCGAAUUCCCGCUUCCAAUUGCAAGCCCCUCUCUGUAUUUUAAAAGAAAGUUGGAUUCUUGAAGAAAUAUUGUUUAUACAGUUUCCAGUUCCCCUGAUCUGUGUUCGCUCACUGGGAAGCUGCUUUCCUCUUUCUUCCCCCACUUUUCUCCUCUGAUUUCCCACUCCUAGGGUUUCCAAGCUGAUCACUGAAUCGAAAAUAUCCUCAAUUUCCCCCCUUUUUCAUGGGCUGAACUGAAACUUGACCAUCUCGAAGGAGCUUGAUAGUAGCAAGUGUGAUGCAUCUGUCACUGUGGAAGCCUAUUUCCCACUGCGCUGCUCUCAUAUUGGACAAGAAGAGCAAGAGGAAAAAUGGGUCGGAAUCCGAUCUCGAGAUUUCCAGAAAUCCAUCAAUUCUCCGGAAACUUCAAGAGCACAGGUUGAGGGAAGCGCUCGAGGAAGCUUCUGAAGAUGGGUCACUCGUCAAAUCCAAGGACAUGGAUGAUUCCGAGGCGGCCGCUGCUGCAAACAACCAAGACGAAGGAACAAUCGGCCGAUCGAGAUCGCUGGCGAGGCUUCACGCCCAGCGGGAGUUUCUUCGUGCCACGUCCCUUGCUGCAGAUCGAGUGUUCGAGACCCCAGAUUCCAUUCCUGAGCUUCAUGAGUCGUUCUCCAAGUUCCUCACUAUGUACCCAAAGUACGAGUCUUCUGAGAAAGUUGAUCAGUUGAGGUCAGAUGAGUACACCCAUUUGUCUCCCAAGGUAUGCCUUGAUUACUGUGGGUUUGGGCUGUUUUCAUACCUUCAGACUCUGCAUUACUGGGAAUCUUCCACUUUUAGCUUGUCCGAGAUAACUGCGAAUUUGAGCAAUCAUGCGCUUUAUGGUGGUGCUGAGAAGAACACUGUGGAAUAUGAUAUCAAGGCUAGGAUAAUGGAUUACUUGAACAUCCCUGAGAAUGAAUAUGGUCUUGUUUUUACGGUGAGUAGAGGUUCUGCUUUCAAAUUGCUUGCAGAAUCCUACCCUUUUCACACAAAUAAGAAGUUGUUGACCAUGUUUGAUUACGAGAGUCAGUCUGUGAAUUGGAUGGCUCAGAGUGCCAAGGAGAAAGGUGCAGAUGUUUACAGUGCUUGGUUCAAAUGGCCAACACUUAAGCUUUGCUCAACAGAUUUGAGGAAGCAGAUUUCGAACAAGAAAAGAAGGAAGAAGGAUUCUGCCACUGGUUUAUUCGUCUUCCCUGUGCAGUCGAGGGUUACAGGAGCCAAGUAUUCUUAUCAGUGGAUGGCACUUGCUCAGCAGAACAACUGGCAUGUGUUGCUUGAUGCUGGAUCAUUAGGCCCCAAAGAUAUGGAUUCACUUGGUUUAUCGUUGUUUCGACCUGAUUUCAUCAUCACUUCGUUUUACCGUGUGUUUGGGUUUGACCCAACUGGGUUUGGAUGUCUUCUUAUUAAGAAAUCUGUCAUGAGUUGUCUUCAGCAUCAGUCUGGCAGUACAGGGUCUGGGAUAGUGAAGAUAACUCCGGAGUAUCCUCUCUAUUUGAGUGAUUCUGUAGAUGGUCUAGAUGGGACGACUGGUGUUGAAGAUGACGAGGUUAUGGGAAGUGAUGAAAAUGGUACUACGGAACCGCGUCAAGGGACGCAGCUGCCUGCAUUCUCCGGAGCAUUUACACCUGCUCAAGUGAGCGAUGUUUUUGAGACCGAGAUGAGUCAUGACAACAACUCGGAUAGAGAUGGGACGAGCACUAUAUUUGAAGAAACAGAAAGCAUCUCUGUUGGUGAAGUGAUGAAAAGCCCUGUUUUCAGCGAAGAUGGAUCGUCAGACAAUUCGUUCUGGAUCGAUUUGGGCCAGAGCCCGUUGGGUUCCGACUCUGCAGCAAAACACAAGUCAAUUGGCUCUCCGCUGCCACCUUUUUGGUUCUCCAGCAAGAAGAAUCACAACAAGAGAAACUCACCAAAACUGACUUCAAAGAUCUACAGCAGUCCACUGUAUGAUGACAAGGUGUUGUCAUUUGAUGCUGCGGUUUUAUCAGUUUCUCAGGAGCUCGACCGUGUUAAGGAGGUUCCUGAAGAAGAGCAGUAUGGCCAUACAAACCUGAGAGAGGGUCUUAAUCAUAUGCAUGUUUCCGAGAUUGAAGAAGAAGAACCAGCAAACGGGUUUCAUAAUGGCACUGACAAAAUAGAGAGUGCUAUAAGAAGAGAAACAGAAGGUGAAUUUCGGUUACUGGGAAGAAGGGAAGGGAACCGAUAUUCUGGUGGUAGAUUUCUUGGAGUGGAUGAGAGUGAACAUCCGAGCAGGCGAAGAAGGGUGUCAUCUAGCGCGGAGGAGAGUCGUAAAGAACUCGUUACUGAGCCAGGGGAAGUAUCUAUAGCUACACUAGAAGAUGAUAAUGACGUGUACACAAGCGAUGGUGAGUUUGGUGAGGGGAUGCAGGAUUGGGAUAGGCGAGAGCCUGAGAUAAGUUGCCGGCAUUUGGAUCAUGUGAACAUGUUGGGCCUCAAUAAGACCACUCUAAGGCUUCGAUUUUUGAUCAACUGGCUUGUGACUUCAUUGCUGCAACUGAGAUUACCCACUGCCGAAGAAGGAGAAGGAGGAGGAGGAAUGCAUCUUGUCCACAUUUAUGGACCGAAGAUCAAGUACGAGAGAGGUGCUGCAGUUGCUUUCAACAUCAGGGAUAGAAACCAGGGGCUUGUGCAUCCUGAAGUUGUUCAGAGGUUAGCUGAAAGAGAAGGGAUAUCUCUUGGCAUUGGGUUUCUCAGUCACAUACGAAUCGUGGAUGGCCCUAGACAGCAUAAGGGUGGCUUGAACCUUGAAGACGCUACUGCCCUUUGCAGGGCGGUGGAGACUGGUGGUCGCGGAAAAUCAGGUUUUAUAAGAGUCGAGGUUGUCACUGCCUCGCUAGGGUUUCUGACCAACUUCGAAGAUGUUUACAAACUAUGGGUUUUUGCUUCCAAGUUUCUAAAUCCUGGAUUUACCAGAGAAGGCAGCCUUCCGACUGUUGAAGAAGGCGAAGAAACAUGAUGUAUCGAACCACUCAUUGUUCUUUUUUGUUUGCCCAGAUGUGAUGGACCUAAUAUCGAAUCCAUCCGAGAGUCAGAGCUGAAGAUCAAAAGCCAGGGCUGGGAGAAAGCUGGUGCUGUUUCUAUUUCUUUUGCUCUUCCUCAUGACUCUUCUGAAAGAUGGCAGUUGGGUUGGGAUGGAUGGAUUUGUUGAUACUUGUUUGUUGUUUGAUUGUUCUCUUAUUUUCUCCCCUGGGUUCUGGGUUCUUUGUAGAGAGGGUGGGCUCAAAUUUGUAUUCUCACUUGAGAAAGUAUCUAAACAGCAGAAUACAUUGAUCUCAAAAGGUUCCAACAUUCUGCUUUGUAGGUUGUCUGUCUCUAUACUGAAAAAAAAGUUCAAAUUUCUUCAUGCUGCUGUAAAAACACCUCAACUAGGCAAGCCAGUUGUAGAUUAUAAUACCCAAUUCAUUGGCACGUUUUAGAUCCCUGCCAGCCACCCUGAUUGUGGUAGGGAAGAUCUCUAUUUCUUAUUGAACGUGCAAGCUUAUUUCUUACAGCAUUUCAAUGCCAUGCAGGAAGGUUCUUCAACGUCUGUACGCUAGGAACGAAAAAAACUCAUUGUUUAGACUUUAGGUAGAGAAUUAGGCAUUCAUAACGUCUAGCGUCUUCUUCAACUUUAUUAAUAAGAGUAUGUCGAUCUUUGAUGCAAAUCUUGAGUUGGAGAGCCGUCAUUUUCGAGAACCAGUCAAAACAACUAACUUGGGGUUUUACCAAUUUUUGACAAAUUUUGGGCCCGAGGCCCAAACUGCAUUGCUAUCUAGUGACUAUCAAUGUGAUUGACGCCAUAGAUGUUUCAUCACCAUUACAUUUAGAAAAGGCAAAGAUCUUAUCUUUGUAAUGAUCGGUUCAAGUUGAUGCUUGAUCUGAUGGAAUGGAACAGGUCUUUGUUUCUUUUCUUAAAGAGUAAUCAUCAUUGUUGUUGGUAUUGGCCAUUGCCCCAUCGAGCUUUAUUUGUCAUGCAAAAGGAAUGGUUCAGCAAAAGGAAAACCAGUGAGUUGGGCAUAUUGAAGCCACUUUAUGAAAGCUAUGGAGUUAUUAUCCUAUCCUAUAUAAUGAUCUCAGUCCUGUGUAAUUUAUUUCGAUAGAACUUAACAACUUGGUGCUUGUUGUUUCAGUACAUUCCUACUGAGUUUGUGAAGAAAUACAGAUCCAGGCUAGGCAGCAAUGUAACACCGAAGGUCGCUAAUGGUGAUAUAUGGGAAGUAGAGCUGGCUCCCAAUGACGAUGGGCUGAUUUGGCUGAUUAAGGGCUGGGAAGAUUUCGCAAAGCACCAUUCUUUGAAGCAAGGUGAUAUUCUGGUUUUUCGGCUAGAGCAUGACAGCUUCUUUCACGUCAUGGUGUUUGAUCCCACUGCAAGCGAGAAGAAGUAUCGUUGCAAGGAUGUGAAUAACCUUCACAAAAUGUAAUUUCAUAGCUAGAUUUAAAUGCUUGCAUUUCACAAUUCAUAUUUGACCCCAAUCACCAAUACAGGAAUUCAAGAACCAAGGAGGGAAAUCGCCUCCACAAAUCCAAAUUUCUCCAUCACCAUAAAUGCAGGUCACUUGAAGCGUCUUCGUACUGUCGGUUCAUUCAUUUCCAUCAAACGAAUUCCACCUUUGUCUUUCAAGGAAGUUUCGUCAUAACCAAAAUUUGAAAGCUACCUCUCUCUUUUGAAUGUGCAGCUUCUGCCCACUACUUUUGUGCAUGAGCACAUGAUGCCUGAACAUGGCACAGUGGUGGUUUCAGAUGAAGAGGGGCUCGGCUCAUGGCCCCUGUCCUUCGUCCUUCGCCAACGUGAACGUGGACAGGGCUCGUUCAUUGGUGGUUGGCCGGCGUUCUCUAGGGACAACUCUCUGAAACUAGGUGAUGUUUGUCGGUUCGAGCUCAUCUCCGAGGGCCAAAUGAAAGUGAGUGUUCGGAGGGCUUAAGAAUGGUUGGAUGUGCUGAUAGUUUGAGAACCUCUAGAAUGGAGUUUGUUGGUUGUAUGUGUUUACUUAUGGAUGAUGAUGGUGAUGAAGCUUAUGAAACAGCUUGGUCACAGCACAAAAAAAAAAAAAAAAAAAAAAAACAGAGCAGGAAAUGGCAGAAACAGGGGACGAGCAGAGACAGAGAGCAGCCCUGGUGGCUGUAUUUAACCGCCAGCUUCAGGAGUAUGCUGCUGCGGAGAGGAAGUUAAUAGCUGCCCACAAGUUAAAGGUAGCUGCGCGAUCCGCAGAAAGAUAAGGGAAGCUGAGGAGCAGCUUGAGAGGAAUCUAGAGAAGCCUCGCAGGGACCAUCACUCUGCCUGUGCCAAGCUACUGAAUGCUACGGAGAAGAAGAAGAAGAAAAAGAGUCACAAUCAAGGACUUCAGUAUGUCCUUUGUGUUUUGGCUUCGAAUUGUUUAGCAGUUCAGUUGUUCGUUCCAUUUCAGUUGUCCUGUUUCAGUAGCCAGAGCAAACAGAGCAAGUGAUGUGGCAUUGUUUUGAGUUCCCCCUUUGCAUUUGAAGAUAAUCAGGGAAAAGCUCUGCUUUUGAAUCAGAGAAGACGAAGAAGGAGUCGACCGUUGUUCAACACGACAACGUUUCCACAGAGAACUCAGCUGCUGUCCACAAUGGCGCCGUCUCCACUAAGACACGCAGGAGCUGGAGUGGUGUCGUAUUGGGAAAGUUCUCUUUUAGUCCUCCAAGUCUUUAAUUCUGUUUGUUUCCGUUUUAAGCAAUGUACUUUCUUUAGCCACAAGGCUUGUCUUCUUCCUCGUUCUGUCUGUACUAAACUCACAGCUAUAUAAGCUGAUCUCUGAAUGCAAACAAACUAAGCUCUUUUCUCCCCAACCCUAAAUGGUUGUUAUGGUAUCAGAGUCUCGUAUUCCUCUCCUAAGUUUAACCUUAAGAUGGUAGUUUGACAGCUACAGAGAUCCCCCGUAACCAUUCAGGGCAUUGGCUAUUUGGCUACCACAAGAAGAAGAAAAUUGUGGACAAAGUAGCUCGGAAAGGUCUCAACUUUUUACAUUAGGUGAAUAAACAACAUGUUGGGUA